AUGCAUUCAUUAUGUAUUUUGAUUAUUUUCGUUACAUUAUUAUUAUCAACACGUAUCGAUGCGUUAAGACAUCGAUUUGUUCGACAAACUGGAAAUAAUCAAUGUCCUAAUCUAAACAACAAUGCAUGUCUUUUUGUUAACUGUGAAAAUGGCGGAGAAUGUAUCGAAGAUCCAACAACUAUUGAUUGUUUCAAAUGUCAAUGUGUACCUGGUUAUACAGGCAAAAUAUGUGAUACACAAAUUCCUAUCAUACCUAUUGGAUGCAAUCCAGGAUGUCAAAAUGGUGGUGUAUGCAUUGAUAAUUCUUGUAAAUGUAGUCCAGGUUUUACAGGAACAUAUUGUGAAAUCAAAGUUAAUAAUCCAUGUGAUCCCAAUCCAUGUGGAAUACAUGGUAUUUGCUUCGGAAUAAAUCUUUCACAUGGUCCUAUUGCAUAUUGCAAUUGUGAAAAUCGAUGGACAGGAAGAUAUUGUGAUGUGAAUAUAGAUGUAAAUUGUCCUAUUGGAUACUGUUUUUCGGGUGGUACAUGUGGAAUGAUUGGAAAUGUUCCGUACUGUACUUGUCCAGCAAUGUAUACAGGUGAACGAUGCGAGUUCUUCGUAGGUACUUUAACAACUACAACCACAGUUGUGCCAGAGUUUUGCUCAUCCAAUCCAUGCAAAAACAGAGGAACAUGUUUCAGUGGGAGUAAUAGUUUUCUAUGUGUAUGCGAGUUACCAUGGUCAGGACCUACAUGUACUACAUAUGAAAUAGUCACGGCUACAACUACAACGACAAAUAUUCCGCUUACUACAACUACGACCGUUUCAAUAGUCAAUAAUAUCUGUUCUUUAAAUCCAUGUAAGAAUGGUGCAACUUGCGUUCCUACUGGCACUUCAUACUUCUGUUUUUGUGGGACAACGAGUAUCUACACUGGUAAAAAUUGUGAUUCAACUACACCAAUGACUCCUGAUGAAUGUCCAUUAAACUGUGCACCUGGCCGUUGUAUUUUCUCUGGUAAUGCUCAAAAACCAUAUGCUUGUUUGUGGAAUGGAGUUAUGCGUCCCACAGAUGUACUAUUAACAACAAUCACUAAUGCAUAUGAUUCUUUAACUGCUCGUCAAAUAGAUAGUGAAUGCUCUAAUCCAGAAGUCAGAACGUGUCAAUAUGUGAUAUGCGCUAAUGGUGGUCAAUGUCGAGAGGUCAAUACUUCUAGAUGUUUUACAUGUGAUUGUAAAGUAGGUUUUACUGGUACAAUGUGUGAAAUAAAAGAAGAAAUUAUGAAUACAACACAUCCAUGUGAAUUUGAACUUUGUCAACAUGGUGGUAUUUGUCUUCCUAUAAAUAGUGAUUUUCUAUGUCAAUGUCCUCCAUUUACGACAGGGCGUUAUUGUGAACAAAUAAUGACAUCAAACUUAUGUGAUUCAUCGCUUUGUCUAAACCGUGGUACUUUAACACGAAAUGUUUGUCAUGAUAGUAAUAUGACAAGCAAGAAAACAGUACAUAUACUAGAUAAUGAACUUCGUCUUCGUUCAAUAACGAAUAAUUUCAUUUCUAAAUCAUGCACAUCCAUUACUAUUCAAAAUAAUAUUGGUCGAUUUGAUGAACUUACUCAUUUUUUUAAUAUUAUCAAUGGUUUAUUUCGUCAAACAGCACUUACACUGGGUUUGAGUACAUAUUAUUUAACUCCUCUAUUACAUCUACCGGAAAUAAAUAUUGGUCUUAAUAUGCAUAUAGAUCAACAAAAUUUAGAAAAAUUUAAAAUAGAUAUAUUUAAAAAUAUGACAUUCUAUAGUUUAAUCGGUGGAGAAAAGCAAACAGGCAUGAUAUUAAAUAAUGAUCAACAACAAAAUAUACCGAUAUGUAUUAUUAAAUUUCAUACAUCUGAUAAAAAUUUAAUGUUUAGUAUCAAUCAUCAAUGGACAUCAUCUCUGACAACAACAAUUCGUUUUGGAACAAUACCACAAAAACGAUUUUGGUCACAUGUAGAAUAUCGACGUCCUAAUGAAACAUAUGAAUUGAUUGGUGAAUAUGGAACACGACAUAUAUCUAGUAUUCAAUUUAGUUAUUUAUCACGUCUAUGGCAACGAGUUAAUUAUCAAAUCGAUGGUGGUAUUGAUGUUAGAAUAACUUCUAAAGAAAAAUUAGCCGAUAUUGGUCUUCGUCUCAAGCAUUCUUCAGAUUCACUUAUAUUUAAGUGUAAUUUAUAUGAUCCAUUUGAACAGUAUUUAAUUGGUAUUCAACGUUGUCUUAACACUAAUUUUACUAUAGGUUUUCUUGCUGAAAAAAAAGUCAAUUAUCACGAACAACAACCUAUUAAAUUUAGUUUAAUGUCUCAAUGGUAUCUAAAUAAAAUAGGUUUACAAAUUAACACUUUAGUUAACACUCAGAAUGAAUUAGGUCUUGCUUUAACACAUCAAAUUCAUCGUUUUCCACUUGUUUUACAAACAUUUGGUUUAUAUUCUUGGUCUAUGCAUAAAUGUAAAUGGGGUGUUGGAUUACAAAUACUUCUUUGA